AUGAGGUUUCAAGUUAACAAGCUUGGAAAAAAGAAAUCAGAUGGUAGCUUUUUGUUUCGUGAUAUCAACAUUUUGUUAGACGAAGGCGAGACUUUGGCGAUUACUGGACCAAGUGGUGUUGGAAAAACCACUUUAUUGAAAUGUAUCGCCGAGUUGACAGUAUUCGAAGAAGGAUCGCUUUAUUUAAAUGAAAAGUAUAUAAUUUUUAUUUAUUUUUUAUGA